UUGGGGGAUUGUAAGUGCGGGCGAAGCCAUGGCUGUUUAUACGCUGACCGGCUUCUCCUUGGUAAGUUUGCUGUCCUUUGGUUACCUGUCCUGGGACUGGAUGAAACCCGGGCUGAGCGGGAGGAAGGUGCCAGCGGCCGAAAGGGACGGCACCGAGGAGCGACCCCACAUCGUCUUCAUCCUGGCGGAUGAUCAGGGCUUCCACGAUAUCGGGUACCACAAUUCGGACAUUCACACUCCGACCAUGGACGGGCUGGCCGCGGAAGGGGUUAAACUGGAGAACUACUACAUCCAGCCCAUCUGCACCCCAUCCAGGAGUCAGCUUAUUACAGGGAGGUACCAGAUACACACGGGUCUCCAACACUCCAUUAUUCGGCCAAGGCAGCCCAACUGCUUGCCGCUCGAUCAGGUAACCUUGCCCCAGAAGUUACAAGAAGCUGGCUACUCCACACACAUGAUUGGAAAGUGGCACCUGGGGUUCUACAAGAAGGAGUGCCUGCCCACCAGGAGAGGCUUUGACACAUUCUUUGGCACGCUGACUGGCAGCACAGACUACUAUACCUACGACAACUGUGACGGCCCGGGGGUCUGUGGCUUUGACCUUCAUGAUGGAGAGAACGUGGCUUGGGAGUACAUUGGAAAAUACUCCACCUCCCUCUACGCCCAGAAAGUGACCAAGAUCCUGGCCUCGCGCAGCCCCAAGGAGCCUGUGUUCAUCUAUGUGGCCUUCCAGGCUGUACACACUCCCCUGCAAUCUCCGAAAGAGUACAUCUAUCAGUACAGGUCCUUCGGAAAUGUGGCUCGGAGGAAGUACGCAGCCAUGGUCAGCUGCAUGGAUGAAGCCAUCAAGAAUAUCACCUUGGCCCUCAAGAAAUAUGGCUAUUACAACAACACCAUCCUAAUCUUCUCGACUGAUAAUGGGGGGCAGCCCUUCUGGGGGGGUAACAACUGGCCUCUCCGGGGCCGCAAGGGCACCUAUUGGGAAGGUGGCAUCAGAGGCAUUGGGUUUGUCCACAGCCCUUUGAUCAAGAAGAAGGGACGGGUGAGCAAAUCACUCAUGCACAUCACGGAUUGGUACCCCACCCUCGUGUCACUGGCACGAGGCAACAUCACGGAGAGCCCUCCACUCGACGGGUACAACCUGUGGUCAACUAUCAGCGAAGGCAAGAAGUCCCCCCGGACCGAGAUCCUGCACAACAUUGACCCCUUGCACAGCCACGCCAAGGUUGGCUCUUGGAAAGAGGGGCACAACCUCUGGAACACUGCCAUCCAAGCCGCUAUCAGGCUGGGCGAUUGGAAACUACUGACCGGGGACCCAGGGUACAGCGACUGGAUCCCGCCACAGACACUGCCCACUCUCCCAGGCAGCUGGUGGAACCUGGAGAGGCAGCGGGCAGGCCACCGGAGGUCAGUGUGGCUCUUCAACAUCACGGCGGACCCUUACGAGCGCGAGGAGGUCUCUGGCAAGCACCCCAGGGUGGUCAAGAGGCUGCUGGCCAGGUUGGCUUAUUACGACAGCACCUCCAUCCCAGUGCGGUACCCAGCCGAUGACCCCCGCGCUAACCCGGAACUCAACGGGGGGGCCUGGGUACCCUGGGCAAGUGAAGACGAUGACGACCAACAUGAGAAGGGGACAGUGAGACGCAAGAGCAAGAAAAAGUCUUGCAAGAUCUGCAAGCUGAAAUCGUUCUUUAAGAAACUGAACACAAGGAUAAUGUCCAACAGGAUAUAGUACAUGAGGAGAAAUAACAGAAAACGGGUUACUCAUUGACUCAAACUGAAAGAGUUACCAACUGUGUAUACAUGUGUGUGUAAGAUAGACAUUUAACUCACCGUUUUGGAGGGCUGUAAGUAAAGGCCGCGUUCUUGUGACUCACUUUGGUUGCUGACCACGUGGCUCACUCUGGGCCGCAUUUUCCUGCUCUGCACCUGAGUGUGACUCCAGCCCCACUGCAACACGGUUCACUCUCAGCUGUCCUCUGAAGGGGCUUCGCAAACCAUUCAGCUGGAGCAACCACUACCAGCGAUUCCAGAUGGAGACCCACCACUACCUUCUCAGAGGAACCAGGGAUGGGCAUUAAAUACCAGCCUCGCCAGCGUAGGCGGUUUUACUUCUUAAGUUCAAAGACCGAGAAUUAUGAUUGACAUUAUCCAACUCUAUUGAGAAUUUUAAACAAAACAGUUUCAAUUAAAUCACGCGGUUACCCCUCUGGUGGUCAAUCUGCAGUGACUGUAGGUUGCUUAGGAGUGAGCUUUGAUGAGAUUUUCCUGCUUGGUUCACUGAUACUCUUCCCGUCGAUGUGCAUCUUUUUUUGUGCUGCCAUGUGGGAGUUUUCAGGCUUUACAUAGAAUAAGUUUGUGAAAGAGCUCAUUCACAAUCCUCUUCUGGAUGCUGAUUGGUUAGUUGCAUGCAUGAUUGGCUGUUGGCUGCUUGGUUAACAGAUUCCCAAGUUGUCUUCGCUGAUUUCAACCAGUUUGCUGCGAUUAACAGUUCUGCUCAAUUCAAAUUGCCCUAUUCAAUUCUCACCAGUAUCACUGCAAUCAACAGGUAUCAAGAUAACUAGCAAGUAUCGCACCCAUCCGUUUUCCAGAUCACCAACACUGCGCAUAUGCUGUUCUAGUGUUUUACUCCCUUACGUGACAGAGUAAGCAGUAGCUAGGACCCAAGAUUGCUCUGAAUUCAUAGCCGGUCCAUUAACCCUUUCUUUAGACUCGCGACAUCCGCAUCCCAAGAAUGAAUAGAAUUAAAAACCAGGAGACUUGUUUUAACUUGGAGUGGAGUGAAAUGGCCGUUCAUCCAGCUGACACUAUUUAUAUGAGGCAGUGUUUAGCUUGUCAGCUAAAGUAGUUGGAUUUAAAGGGCCAACAACCCUCUGUGCAACUUAAUUAUUACUUUGAGACAUCAAAGUAAAUCCCAAAGUUCCAUUAGAAUGUGUCCAUGAGGCUUUUUGGUACUUUGGAAUUUCUGGGAAAUGAAUGAAGAGUUAGCCAAUUAUAUUUAAGAGAAGUUUUUGAUGAUGUUUAUUGACUAUUGUCAUCCAAUGUGAUUAACUAUGUAAAAUAAACUGAACCAAUGAGAAGA